CGCGAAGACAAAUCUCUCUCUCCCUGCGGUGAACAAGCUCAGACCCCCAAUAUGAGUCUGUGGUUCUUCAUUCCUUUUAUCCUGGCUGCGUUCCUCCCUCAAACUGUCUACAUGCAAGGUACCGGUAACACUGCCGCAGACUGCUGCCUUCUAACCAGUGACAAGCGCAUCCCAUUCUCGGUGAUAGCGGGAUACGAGAUUCAGAGUGUGGACAGAGGCUGCAGCACCGCUGCUGUGGUAUUUUUUAUAAAGAACUCAAAGAUCCUAUGUGCCACCCCAGGUUUGAAGUGGGUGAAAAACGCAAUGAAGAAAUUAGACCAAAUGCAAAAGAAAAAAGUAAAGGUGGAUAAGGUCAAAGGAGGCAAGAAGCCACAUGGCAACUCCAAAGACUCGGCAGCUUCUAACAAAUCAAGCAAAGCAGCUCUGUAAGAAAAAAACCUGUUCUUUGUUCUUCACCAUUCCUCGUUAUUCAAUUUGGCACGAACGUCCAUCUGUGAAGAAUUCACUCAGAUGCCAAAGGUUACACAAAAUAUCCCAAUCUCUCAUCAUUUGGGAUUAAUCUGAUAUAAUGGUUUCAUUUUAUCUCAUUUACGUCUUUUCUAAUGGACCUCUCCUCCCUGCUGGGGUUGACUCCUCCGUGUCUGCAGUAUCGGAAGAACAUUAGCACAGAAUAGUCGAUGGCAGAUAGGAACCCAUCGGAUUAUGUGGCCUGCCUAUUCUGAUUUCUUUUGCUUGAUGUAUCCACUCCACCAAAAUACAUUUUUCGCUAAGUAGAUAAAUAUCUCUGUAGAAAAAGAAUCCUUCUUUAUAGGUAAAUGCAACUGCGGUUUGACCA